AUGAGGGAGGAUAAGAAGACAGUGACAGCGACGACAGCGGCAACAGCGGCAACAGCGACGCCAACAGGGUAUUGGUACUACGUUGGAUUGUAUUUGAUGUUCAAUCUUGCUUUGACGCUGUUCAAUAAAGCCGUUCUCGAUGACUUACCGUAUCCAUACACGCUCACUGCCGUACACGCUGCAUCUAACGUAAUUGGGUGUACGAUUGCCAGGCUGUAUGGACUAUACACGCCAGCGAAACUCUCAACAACGGAAAUUGUGAUUUUGAUCUUCUUUUCCACGCUGUACACCAUCAACAUUGCUGUGUCCAAUCUGUCACUCAGUCUUGUCACAGUACCUGUUCACCAGAUUAUAAGGUCACUAGGACCUCUCUUCACCAUGGCACUAGCUGUGCCUAUCCUCGGAUCUAAAUUCUCAAUACCCAAACUAGUGUCUUUGUUACCAGUAAUCGCCGGUAUCGCUCUGACGACAUAUGGCGAGAUUAGCUUUACAGCACUCGGUCUGUUCCUCACAUUCGCGGGUACAAUCUUAGCAGCUUUCAAGACAGUCGUCACCAACUUGAUGCAAACUGGUCAGCGAUUCCAAAUGCAUCCUCUCGACUUACUCCAUUGGCUGUCUCCAUUGGCGUUGGCGCAGUGUAUCGCUUAUGCCGUCUACACAGGCGAGUACUUUGAAGUAUACAAGGAUCUCUGGCCGAUGCAUAACGUCUACAAGACUAUCUUGGUGAUUGCACUAAAUGGUGCCCUUGCUUUCGGAUUGAAUGUUGUAUCUUUCGUGUCGAAUAAGAAGGUCGGACCACUUACCAUCUCAGUCGCUGCGAAUAUCAAGCAGGUACUCACUGUUGUUCUGUCUUUCUUCUUUUUUGAGUUGAGCGUUAGUCAAGUGGGCUUUGUGGGCAUAGUUUUAGCUUUGCUGGGAGGUCUUUGGUAUGGCAGAGUGGAGUAUAAUGACAAAAAACGCGCAUUAACUUUGUAG